AUGGAAGUGGUGACAAUGGUUUCGGAAAUGGAGAGUUCGCAGGAAGAAGCUCCAGAGGGCGAGGUGGCAUCCGAGGCGGCUUCAGGGGAGGUAGUUCCGGCUUCAAUGGUUCUGAAAGUGACAGUUUUGGAGGAGGAUUUGGCUUCUCUUCCGCAAAGAGCAGUGGUUUUGGCGGUUUUGGCAGAAGAGACAAUGGAAGUUCUGAAGCUGACAACAAUGCCAGAGGCUUUGGUUCUGAAGAUACUUCUGAAUUUUGCUCUGGAAGUAGCGGAUUUGGACGAGGAUCGAGGCGGACCGGAGAAGGCCCGUCCUUAUGCUACAAUUGUGGCGAAGCGGGACACCAGUCGCGUGACUGCACCAACUCUAAAAAGUCGCAGAACAAUCACGAACGAUUCGGUGGAUCAGGCUUUGGAGCUGGUGGGUUUGAGAGAGGGUCUACCAGCAGAUUUGGUGACAGCGCAGAGAGCGGAUUUGGAGGAGGCUGGAAAAGCGGUGGUUUCGGUGACAGGUCGCCCAGCAGAUUCGGUGAAAGAAAAGGCGGAGACGAUUUCAACGGUGGAGGAUUUGGAGAGAACGUCGAACGGAAAGAACGCCCAUCCGGAUGCUUCAACUGCAAACAAGAAGGGCAUCGAUCCAGCGAAUAAUGCCUGCUACAACUGCGGAGCAGAGGACCACCUAUCCCGUGAAUGCACAAAUCCUCCCAAGUCACGAAGAAUCGAAAAUGAUGAAGUGCCAAAAAAGCCUCCCUCCACCUUUGUUCCAAAAGAUGAGGACGUGGAAACAUUGUUCAAGGACCACAUCGAGCAAGGCGAAAUGUUCACAAAGUUAUUCGAAGCUGAUGUAACCUUAACAGAAGGUGGACUUCAUGGCAGAUCGGAGAAAGGCAAACAAAUCAAAUCUUUUGACGAGUUGGAGUUGACGGAGCAGCUAGCGCUGAAUGUAAUAUUUGCUUUUGGCUAUCAACGAUCCUCGCAAUGGGUUAUGAGACGUGAUAUUAUGGCUUGUGCUCAAACUGGCUCUGGCAAAACGGCUGCAUUCCUCUUGCCAGAUGCCUUAUCAUUGCACCUACUCGGGAAGCUCGCUGUGCAAAUCUAUAAUGAAGGCCGAAAGUUUGCGUUUAAAACGGUAAUACGUGUCGGUUGUUGUUACGGAGGAACUUCUGUCCUCUCUCAGCGUCAGUCAAUUCGGGGCGCUACGAUACUCGUUGCUACAGUUGGACGACUUAAACACUUCAUUUCCGAAGGUUUUAUCUCGCUACGUGAG